UAAAGCAGGAAAGUGUGAAACUUUAAUCUCUAUAAACAUAUUAGAAAACAAAGGAAUCAGUCCUUGUAAAGUUGUAAUUGAAAUAACUAUAACUUCUUUUAAAAGCAUUUAUCCAGCAUGAACAACCGCACCAAUGAUCUCUUGCACUCGGGCUAUUUGCAGCAUGCCAGUGUACCUUAUGAUGAUGGACCCCUCAACAGGAUCCAUGUUUCUUCCGUGUCACUACUUCCUUGCUUUACAUAUGGUGUUAUGGGUCCACUAGGCCCGUUAGGAAAUGGAGCGUUUGUGCAACCCAUUGUUUUAACCAGGGUCACAUCUGAGCCUUCAAUGGGAAACCUGUCACGCAACACCAAUAUGCCAAGAAAUGCAUACGGGUGGCCAGGAUCUGCCAGCCAAUCCCAUAUUGCAACUAAUCCUUUAUUAAUGGAAGACCAGCAAAAUAAAGGCCUGCAGAAGCUUAGGAGGGAAAUCUACAACCCUGGUAUUAAACAAGUAAGCCUAUAUUAUAGAGAUAAAGCACUAGAGAAAAGCAACAGUGAGGAUGACAAGAGAUGUGCUAUCUGUUUAGAUGACUUUAGAGCAAGAGAAAUGGUGACACUCACACCAUGCAAUCAUAUGUUUCAUGAUAACUGCAUCGUACCAUGGGUAAAGAGCAAUGGCCAAUGCCCAGUUUGUCGGUUUGUGAUUAGUGAUCUGCCUGAAGGAACUCGAACCAGUAAUCAUAGUGAGCUAGGCAAUGACCCGUUUGCACGUGAGUUGAUUUCUUUUAUAAGAGACUUGGAAGCUAGGGGUUGAUUACUUGGGCUCCGAUGGAUGCCCCUUUCUUGAAGCAGUGAUGUUUUUCAUUUUUUGUUGUUUUUCACAUUAAACGGUAAAUUAAAAUAAUGCUACUAUAUCUGAUACCGUGUCUCUGUUGUGUGAAUAUUAUGAUUGAUGGCAUUUGGCUAUCAAUGUAGCAUGGCUGAAUUGUUUGCUACGUAGUCUUUGUCCUUGGCCUACUUUCAUGUAGGUUUGGUUUUUAAAUCAAGCCUAGUGAGAGUAUGUGUUUGUUGGCCAAUAUUCCAAAGUACGUUAAAUGCAAAUUAUUAAGCUUAUAAGAUUGAUUAUGAUUCGUUUUGUUAAA